GGACCGGAGCCAGUAACCUGCUGCAGCGCAGUCCCGCGCCCGCGCCCCGCCUCCGCUGGUUGCAGUUUCGAUUUUUCCUCAGUUGUUAGAAUUCCCCUGCAACCCCGCCUUUCAUCUCUAGUUUCCCGGCUGGUGACGUUCAGACCCAGCCGGGCUUCUAAAGGAGUCGGGAGCAGCCUGGGGGACCUCGCGGGAUCCCGAGACCAGCAUGACCACCGAGCAGCGGCGGAAUCUGCGUGCCUUUGGGGACUACGUCAGGAAGACGCUGGACCCUACCCUCAUCCUGAGCUACAUGGCCCCCUGGUUCAGGGAGGAUGAGGUGCAGUAUAUUCAGGCUGAGAAAAACAACAAGGGCCCAGUGGAGGCUGCCACACUUUUUCUCAAGUUCCUAUUGGAGCUGGAGGAGGAAGGCUGGUUCCGUGCCUUUUUGGACGCCCUAAACCAAGCAGGUUAUUCUGGACUUUAUGAAGCCAUUGAAAGUUGGGAUUUCCAAAAAAUUGAUAAGUUAGAGGACUACCGGUCACUCUUAAAACGUUUACAACCAGAAUUUAAAGCCAGAAUCAUUCCAACAGAGAUCCUUUCUGAAAUAUCUGACUGUUUAAUUAAUCAGGAAUGUGAGGAAAUCAUACACGUUUGCUCCAAUAAAGGGAUGAUGGCAGGUGCAGAGAAAAUGGUGGAAUGCCUUCUCAGAUCUGACAAGGAGAAUUGGCCCAAAACUUUGAAACUUGCUUUGGAGAAAGAACAGAACAAAUUCAGUGAACUAUGGAUUAUAGAUGAAGGUGGAAAAGAUUUUGAAGUUAAAGAUCUUGAGGAUGACGACAUUGAAACUUCGGAAGUACAGAUUUUCUACCAGGAAGAACCAGAGUACAGGAAUCUUAGUCAGGAUUCACCUUCACCUUCAGAAGUAUCUCAUACUGACUUGUACAGCCCAUUUAAACCAAGAAAUUACCAGCUAGAGCUUGCUUUGCCUGCUAAGAAAGGAAAAAACACAAUAAUAUGUGCUCCUACCGGUUGUGGAAAAACCUUUGUUUCACUUCUUAUAUGUGAAGAUCAUCUUAAAAAAUUUUCACAAGGACAAAGAGGAAAGGUUGUUUUUUUUGCUAAUCAAAUCCCAGUGUAUGAACAGCAGAAAUCCGUGUUCUCAAAGUAUUUUGAAAGACUUGGGUACAGAGUUGCAGGCAUUUCUGGAGCAACAGCUGAAAAUGCCCCAGUGGAACAGAUUGUUGAAAAUAAUGACAUCAUCUUCUUAACGCCACAGAUUCUUGUGAACAAUCUUAAAAAUAGAACUAUUCCAUCACUUUCUGUCUUUACUUUGAUGAUAUUUGAUGAAUGCCAUAACACCAGUAAACAACACCCAUACAAUAUGAUCAUGUUCAAUUAUCUAGAUCAGAAACUUGGAGAAUCUUCAGACCCACUACCUCAGGUUAUUGGGUUGACUGCCUCAGUUGGUGUCGGGGAUGCCAAAAACACAGAUGAAGCCAUGGAUUAUAUCUGCAGACUGUGUGCUGCUCUUGAUGUAUCAGAGAUAGUGACGGUCAAAGACAACUUGGAGGAACUGGAGCAAAUUGUUUAUAAACCCCAAAAGUAUUUCAGGAAAGUGGAGUCACGGACUACUGAUCCAUUUAAAUGCAUCACAUCCCAGCUGAUGAGGGAGACAGAGAGUCUGGCAAGGAGCGUCUGUAGAGAGCUCGAAACCUUAUUUCCAAUUCAAAACAGGGAAUUUGGAACACAGAAAUAUGAACAAUGGAUUAAUACAGUUCAGAAAGCGUGUACGGUGUUUCGGAUGCCAGACAGAGAUGAAGAGAGCAGGAUUUGUAAAGCACUGUUUUUGUAUACUUCCCAUUUGCGGAAAUAUAACGAUGCCCUGAUUAUCAGUGAACAUGCACGAAUUAAAGAUGCUCUGGAUUACUUGAAAGACUUCUUCAGCAACGUCAGAGCAGCAGGAUUUGAUGAGAUUGAGCAAGAUCUUACUAGGAGAUUUGAAGAAAAGCUGCAGGAACUAGAAACUGUUUCUAUGGAUCCCAGCAAUGAAAACCCUAAACUUGAAGACCUCUGCUUCAUCCUACAGGAAGAGUACCACUUAAACCCAGAGACAAGAACCAUUCUCUUUGUGAAAACCAGAGCACUUGUGGAUGCUUUAAAGAAAUGGAUUGAAGGAAAUUCUAAACUCAGCUUUCUAAAACCUGACAUAUUGACUGGACGUUGCAAAACAAAUCAGAACAUAGGAAUGACACUCCCAGCACAGAAGUGUGUACUGAAUAGUUUCGGAACCAGUGGAGCUAACAAUAUUCUGAUCGCCACCUCGGUUGCUGAUGAAGGCAUUGACAUUGUGCAAUGUAAUCUUGUCAUCCUGUAUGAGUACGUGGGCAAUGUCAUCAAAAUGAUCCAAACCAGAGGUAGAGGAAGAGCAAGAGGUAGCAAAUGUUUUCUUCUGACCAGUAAUGCUGAUGUAAUUGAAAAAGAAAAAAUAAACCUAUACAAAGAAAAAAUGAUGAAUGACUCCAUCUUAAACCUUCAGACAUGGAAUGAAGCAGUAUUUAAAGGAAAGAUUCUCCAUAUACAGAUUCAUGAAAAAUUCCUCAGAGAUAGUCAAGCAAAACCAAAACCUGUACUUGAUAAAGAAAAUAAAAAACUGCUAUGCAAAAAAUGCAAAGCCCUGGCAUGUUACACAGCUGAUAUAAGAGUCAUAGAGGACUCUCAUUACACUGUGAUUGGAGAUGCUUUUAAGGAAUGCUUUGUGAGUAGACCACACCCCAAACCAAAGAAAUUUUCAAGUUUUGAGAAGAGAGCCAAGAUAUACUGUGCCAGACAGGACUGCAGCCAUGACUGGGGAAUCCAUGUGAAGUAUAAGACAUUUGAGAUUCCAAUCAUAAAAAUUGAAAGUUUUGUGGUAGAAGACAUUGCAACUGGAGCUCAGAGACUUUACUCAAAGUGGAAGGAGUUUCACUUUGAGAAGAUACCAUUUGAUGCUGUAGAAAUGUCCACAUGCCGUAGGGUCUCAAACCUCAGCUGCAGGCAGUAGGUGAAUUUGAGGAAGCAGCAACUAACCUAGUGGGUACAAUCGUGGAUUGCUUAUACCACUGUGCAGUUAUUUUACCUGAGGCUCGUAUUGUAUUGACUAUUUACCACUUUACCUUCUGUUUAUUAAGUUUGUACUAUCAUAUAUGCAAAGCAUGGACUGCAGAACUGAAUAAUUUGUAGGCCAACAGAACUCACAGUACUUGGGAAAAAUUAAAAAGCUUAACCUCUGCUUCUGUCCUCCUCUUGGGGCCAACGGCCAGCGAACACACAGUAACCACUCCACGCACCCUGGGAGAGAUGGAUGAGUGAGUGGAACGUAGAAAGGUUUUCCAUGCCUCCUUUCUUAACCUACUGUAAACUAGCUUUUGCCCUUAAAUGUCUACUGAAAUUUUUCUUGUCAAGGUUAGCAGUGACUCUGGUUGCUACACCCAUUUGGGACUUCUUGACUCUUCUAUUUGAUCCCUGCACUUUUGGUCCCAUUACACUCCUUUCUUGAAACUCUCCCUUGGCUUCUAUUCUAGUUCUAUUUGGUCUUUUUCAUUGGUUUCGCUUUGCUUGCUUGAGUGUUGCAAUCCCAAAGGUUCAAUAUAUGUCUUUUACUAUACACUUUCCCUCUUAAUCUACACCAUCGUUUCCUUUGACCAUCUCAGGGCGUUUUCCAGUAACAGCUGAUGUUCACCACUUGAACUAUUUUGAGUUAGGUCCCUUGGAUGGUACUGAUGAGGCAGUUUGAUUUGGUUGCACUUCCUUUAAAAAAUUAUUUGUCUAAAGGGCAUUUCUAUGUCACUUAGCAAGGUUUGCUGAUGCUUUGGAGAGCUUGAUUAGGUAUGUAUUCAGGGAAGGCUCUAUAGUAAUUAAACCGUCUUCCUGAAACAGA